CGCUGUGAUGAGCCUUGACCCGAGCAGGAAAACGCCUUGCCUUAUAGCUGGAUCUCACACUUUGGCCGUACCGUCGGUACAGUUAUGUACGAUGCUCCUGUAACAUGCCGCAUGAAUUGACGCCCCCUGCGUAAUCAAGGUAACACCAAUCUACCGGCACCUUAUGUAAACGUCCAAAAACGCUUCUCGUAUUAUCUGUUUCCUCCAGAAGUCACUCAGACCAGCGCUGCAGGCCCAAAAACUCACCAGAAUGGAGCGUGACUCUGAGGCUUCGAUGCAGGAAGAGGGAGGUGCUAGAGAUGAGCAACAACAAUAUGCUGCCGGUCCAGACGAGAACGUGCCAGAGCCUACCCCCAGGAGACCUGGCCUCUUCAAACGACUAUGCACUAAAGCUGGACUUGACCUGCCAACAUUUCUGAUGAUGCUAAAAGGAGCAGUUGCGCCCACCAUCGCACUAGCAGCAUACGAAAGCGAUGCCUGGGCUCGAGAAUAUACAACGCUUGGAUACCUUGCGGCAAUAAUGACCAUCCUCACGCUACCGAUUCUUCCUCGGGCGAAGUUCUUCCAGAACCUCUUCGUUGCGAUUUUUGCCGUCUGCCUGGGAGCUGCCAUUGCACUGCUGACAAUCCGAUGUACCAUAUCUGCACGAGAAUCGAAAUCUCGAGCUUCUAGACAAGGCACAUCUGGUAGUCAAGAGACGCUAAGCUUCAGCUCGGCAGCGAACGCCACCGCCGUGGCCUGGCUAUUCUUCAACUUAUGGCUCGCAAACACUUUACGAGCAGCUCGACCCCAGUUGAUGGUUGUGUGCAUUCAGUACACCAUCUUCUCUGUCAUCGCUUCGACAUAUGCCCCAUCGUUUCCGACAAUGGCGGUCGGGAUGGCGUUUGUCAAGAGAUUAAUAAAGACUUUUUUGACCGGGUUUGCAUUGUCUACAGGAGUGUCAAUCUUCAUAAUACCCGUGUCAUCGAGGAAGAUCUGUCGGAAGCAAAUGGCUGGUGUCUUGAACCUCUUGAAAGCUUGCAUAAACAUCCAUAACUCUUAUCUUCAGCAAAUCACCAAUUACCAGCAAGAGGUGACCUUGGCUAAUGGGAAAAACGGCAUAGCAAAACAGACUGCUGACUCUGCUGCAUUUGCUCAGCAAGCUCAAGCAACGUCCGCCAAACUCAAGACGACUCUCCAAGAGACCUCGAAACUGUUUGGAAUGUUAAAGAUCGAGAUUGGCUUCGCAAAGAAAGAAAUUGGAUUUGGAAAAUUACGUGCCGAAGACUUUGCUAUGAUAUGGGCGCGUCUACAGCAGAUCUUCCUUCCAGUUGCUGGCUUGUCCACAUUCGCAGAUAUCUUGCAAUCCGUCAGACGACACAAGGAGGAAGGAGAAGAUCUGAUCGAAGAUGCUAGUCUCGUCGAUGCUAUCCAUCGACUUGAAGCAGAUGAAUGGCAUGAAGUGGUGGCCAUGUCCCGGGGACCUUUCAGCAGGGUCAAAGAGAGCCUGUCUGAUGGUAUUGCACAUGUGCAGUAUGUCCUCGAGCUUGCGCCACGCCCCAAAAUUCCCAAAGCACAUGACCCGGAAAAGAAUGCAGACGCACCACCUGGACCGGGCGAUCCCAACUUCACCGAGCACCUGAAGGCUGAGAUAAAACUAUUCGAAGAACAUCGCGAAGGCACGAUGCGUAGGUGGUGUGAGAAGAAAGGAAUCGAUGUCCCUGCCAAAUUCUGGGAGGAUCCGUCCGCUCAAUACAACUUCAAGAACGCCAAUUCCCUUGACGAAACCAUACGCAGCAAACACAACCACCAGCAACUCUAUUUGAUUCUCUACCUCGAAUACCUCCUCUACUCAGUCUGCCUGUCCAUCCUAGACCUGGCCGUUUUCGCCGAUUCCAAAGUCCAGGAUGGGACCAUGAGUAAAAAGCGCCUCAUCUUUCCAGGAUGGAGACGGAUCAAGAAAUUAUACCAGCACAUGUUCAUGCAGGAGGACUCUGAACCAGCUUUACCCGACGGCGAAGCUACCGGAAUCAUCAUCUACCCUGGUGAAUCGCUUUCUGGACGUAAAGACCCAGAGCACUUGCCCCCGACGAACCUGUAUCAGCACAUCACCAACCAUCUACGUGUCAUCCCGCGCUUCCUAGGCUCCGAUGCUUCGUCAUAUGGAUUCCGCGCCGCUGUCGCCAGUAUCUCUUUAGCCAUUCUUGGCUAUCUCAGGCCUACACAUAACUUCUACCUCCAGCAGCGAGGCAUAUGGGCUGUCAUCAUGGUUGCUAUCUCCAUGGGCCCCACUGCCGGCGCGGGUGUACAAGGCUUUUUGCUCCGUAUCGCUGGCACCGUCAUCGCCAUGGUCGUGUCGAUCGCCAUAUGGUACAUGGGUGACCAGAAACCAGCCGCCAUCAUACCACUGCUCUACCUUGCCUUUGUAUGCGGAUUCUAUGUGGUCCUCAAAAAGCCCAAGUACCUCAUCACGGGUAUCAUUUCGAUCGUGACCCUGGUUCUGAUCGUGGGCUACGAACUUCAGGACUUGAAGAUUGGCACAAAACUACUGACUUCCAACGGCCAGGUAUACUACCACAUCUACGUCCUCGCACCGUACAGACUUGCCACCGUCGUGAUUGGGCUGACAGUGGCAUUCAUAUGGACCUACCUGCCCUACCCGGUCACCGCGCACGCCACGUUGCGCAAGGACCUCGGCGCCACCCUGUACCUGCUAGGUAACUACUACGCAUGUACGCACAGCACGGUGGAAAUGAAGCUGCGGCUCGGGGCCCGCGCCAACGACGCCGACAAGAAGAGCCCCAUGCGCAAGCUCGACAAGGCGCGCGUCCAGUGUUUCGGCAAGAUGCUGGGCAUGAUGAAUCGACUGAGGGAGCAUUCGGCUUUCACGGUCUACGAGCCGACGUUUGGCGGCAAGUUCCCCAAACAGACGUACGACGAGCUCAUUGCCCACCUGCAGAGUUUGUUCAACUACAUGUCGCUCAUCAACUACUCCAGCCAGGCGUUUGUCACGCGGCCGGAUCCAAAAACGAGCGACGAAGACGACCAAGGGGGAAGGACGGACAAGAAUGCCGACCAGGGACACGCCAUGGGCCGCACGCCAAACCGGUACACCGAGAGCGAGUGGCUGACGGACUUUCGGCGGCUGACGGCCAACGCGAGCGUCACGAGCCACGAACUCACCAGCACAAUCUGCCUGGUGGCCGCGAGCGUGUCCAACGCGCAACCCCUGCCGCCGUACGUGCGCGUGCCCCCGCCCAUCCACCUGGCCGACCAGCUGGCCCGCAUCGACCCGGCCAUCCUGAACGUGCAGCACAUCAACGAACCCUGCUACGCGGCCUUUGCCGUCCUGGAGAUCGCGAGCGUCCUGAUCAUGCAGGAGACGGCCGCCGUGCUGGGCAAGGUGAAGGAGCUCGUCGGCGAGGUGGAUUUCAGUCUGCACGUCUCGUCGUCGACGGACACGAGUACCAGUUCUCUCCCAAACGGCAAGGGCAAGGCCGAUUGAAGGGAGAACAGGAGAAAAGCCGCGUCCAACACUAGGUUUGGGUGUGUGCUUUUCUUCACGAUGUACGUACGUUUUGGGAUUUCUUUUGGGAUGUUACAAGACGGUUGGGGGGGUUUUUCCUAUUACAAAAAAAACCCUCCAACCCCGAGGCUAUGCCUUUUUCUAAAAGGGGCCAUUUUACGAGGGACGAUGUAGUGAUGCCAAUCUUUUGGGGGGCCGGUGGGAUCUUGGGCGGUGGCGGUUUUUUCGUUCCAUUACUUGAAUUACUUUCCAGGACUGUUAGAUCAGUAGAAGAAAAUCAUACACGUAACGAAGCCGAG